AUAAAAAAGCCUUUGUACUUUGUUUUCCGCACUUUCUCAUCGUCUUCGCCUGUCUUAAAGAAUAUACUACUUUAGAUUUAACGUUUCAGCUCACGUUUCUGCUUGACCAAACCAAAGCUUUAGUCAACCUUCUCUCCCAUUUUGUUAAGAAUAAAUCAAAUCAAUCCCUCUACUUAAAUUUCCAAUCUUUGUUUCAAUCUCUAUCUGGGUUUCUUCUUUUUCCUGAUUUUUUCUUUUAUCUACCUCAGUUUCAGUUCAUCAGCUCUUCUUUUUUGCUAGAUCUAAUAAAUGGGUAAUAUCUGUUCAAGCAAAAGUAAACCUGAACAGUCAAAUGCCAACGGCCACCACGGAUCAGGAGGAGUUGGGCCCCAUCGAACUGAAAUUCAGUACACAAAAUCUCCAGGCCCGGAAUCUCAAUUGCCUGUAAGGCCCCCACCAAGCCCAAAACCAGUUUCUGCACACGGUACAAUUCUUGGUAAGCCAUAUGAAGAUGUUAGGGUGCACUAUACACUUGGAAAAGAAUUGGGUAGGGGUCAAUUUGGUGUUACAUAUUUGUGUACUGAAAUAUCAACUGGUCAACAAUAUGCUUGUAAAUCAAUAUCAAAAAAGAAACUUGUUACUAAGGCUGAUAAGGAUGAUAUGAGGAGAGAGAUUCAAAUUAUGCAACAUUUGAGUGGACAGCCUAAUAUUGUUGAAUUCAAAGGUGCUUAUGAGGAUAAGGGAUCGGUUUAUCUUGUGAUGGAGUUAUGUGGAGGUGGAGAGCUAUUUGAUAGGAUUAUUGCAAAGGGGCAUUAUAGUGAAAGAGCUGCUGCAACAAUGUGUAGGGCUAUUGUCAAUGUUGUGCACGUUUGUAAUUUUAUGGGCGUGUUACAUCGUGAUCUCAAGCCUGAAAACUUUUUGCUUUCUGAUAAGAGUGAAAAUGCUGCUCUAAAGAUUACUGAUUUUGGGCUCUCAGUAUUCAUUCAAGAAGGUAAGUUGUACAAGGAUAUAGUUGGGAGUGCUUACUAUGUUGCCCCUGAGGUCUUACAGAGGAGUUACGGCAAGGAAAUAGACAUUUGGAGUGCAGGUGUUAUGCUUUAUAUACUACUCAGUGGUGUGCCCCCCUUUUGGGCAGAAACCGAAAAGGGUAUAUUUGAUGCCAUACUUAAAGGACACAUUGACUUCGAAAGUGAACCUUGGCCCUCUGUAUCAAGUAGUGCCAAGGACCUAGUACGGAAGAUGCUGACUAAAGACCCAAAGAAACGGAUUACAGCUGCACAGGUUCUUGAGCAUCCAUGGUUGAAGGAAGGUGGUGAUGCAUCAGACAAACCAUUAGAGGGUGCUGUCCUUUCAAGAAUGAAGCAAUUCAGAGCUAUGAACAAGCUCAAGAAACUCGCUUUGAAGGUCAUUGCCGAGAAUCUCUCUGCAGAAGAAAUUCACGGGCUCAAAGCAAUGUUCCAUAAUAUUGACACUGAUAAUAGCGGCACUAUCACUUAUGAAGAACUGAGGAGCGGAUUGGCUAAACUUGGGUCAAAGCUCACAGAGGCUGAAGUCAAGCAAUUGAUGGAAGCUGCCGAUGUGGAUGGAAAUGGCUCAAUUGACUACACUGAAUUCAUCACCGCCACCAUGCAUAAGCACAGGCUAGAAAGAGACGAAAAUCUAUAUACUGCAUUUCAGUAUUUUGAUAAAGAUGGCAGUGGGUUCAUCACAAGAGAUGAACUCGAAACAGCUAUGGAAGAGCAUGGAAUAGGCGAUCCAGCCUGUAUAAGGGAAAUAAUAUCUGAAGUGGACACGGACAAUGAUGGAAGAAUCAACUAUGAGGAAUUCUGUGCAAUGAUGAGAAGUGGAGUCAAACAGCCAGGCAAACUCUUCUAGUUGCACGAGUCUCCAUCCACCAGGGAAAAUUGCAUGAACUACCAGAAUUGCAACCAUUACUUGUUGGGAUGUUUUUAUCUUUUCCAGUGGUGAACGUGUACAUUAGUACUAAUUUUUUUCCAUCCAAAAGAGUCUUUGCUGUUCUGACUUCUGAGCGCUCUUUUUCCCCUUGUGUAAACUGCCUUAGUUUGGAGCUUGAUUUGACCACUCCUAGUGUAUGAAAUGAUCGUUCAAUUGUUGAAGAUUUCCCCUCAUUUUUUGUUA